AUGUCCAACAUCCCACGAUCUCUCUGCGACUCCUCCCUCGCUCUCUUCUCCCUCACCAUCUCCAGCUCCGACCCUUGGCCCUUCUCCGCCGCCUCCUCUCUCUAA